AACGGCAAUUUGUUAGCUUUGCAUCGAAAACGUGGGUUUUUCUUGGGGACGUGUUGGAGUUGGAUAAUGUAUAAAUUAUGUAGAAAUUGCUAACAAAAAUCAUGAACUCUUAGUCAUGGCGACUGAAUUUGAUGACAGCCCAACUGGGGGUUUCAGGUACCUGAUUGUUAGGCCGGAAAACGGUGGGAUAGCUGACCUUGUGCGAGGCUUAGUAAGGGGUGGCGAAGCAACUGCAUUGAAGUUUGUGGAGAGCUCAGAUGAGGAUUUGUUGGGCGCGGUGGCGGUGGACCACCGAUGGGUGAUAUUGGUGUCCGUCAUCGCUUGCAAGAUCAUAUCUGUUUUCGGGAAGCCCAUGGAGUGGACUGGCUGCUUGGUCGAAUUCCUCCUUAAUCUAUUCUCUCAGAACGGAAGCCUCCUCGGCUUACUCUACAACCUUCUCCACGGAAAGGUGGUGAUACCGCAGAGGGGUUCUGAGACUUUUAUAAGCACGAUUGGGCAUUUAGAUGGGCGAAUAGACUUGUACAAGAGAGAUGAUUUAGUGAAAGAAGUUGGUGAUUCUGCCUCAGGGGAGCAAGCUCUCAUGGACCUCUGUAUCAUAGCUGCCAAGUUGGCCUAUGAGAAUGCUAAUGUGAUUAGGAACAUCGUAGUUCAUCACUGGAAGAUGCAUUUCGUGGACUUCUACAAUGGCUGGAAUGAUUUCCAGAAGCAGUGUUCCACCCAAGUGUUCAUUCUAUGUGACAAGCCCAAAGACGCAAAUUUGAUACUGAUCAGCUUCAGGGGUACAGAGCCGUUUGAUGCUGAUGAUUGGAGCACAGAUUUUGACUACUCUUGGUAUGAGAUCCCAAAAUUAGGCAAAGUUCACAUGGGAUUCUUAGAGGCCUUAGGUUUGGGCGACAGAGCUAAUGCUGCCACCUUCCAGGCUCACCUUCAAGUUAAUGCAGGGCCUGCUAGUACUGGCAGAAUGUUGGAGAGAACCGCAUACUAUGCAGUGAGAAAUAAGCUGAAAAGCUUGCUCAUGGAGCAUAAGAAGGCAAAAUUCAUAGUUACUGGGCAUAGCUUAGGGGGAGCCCUUGCUAUAUUGUUCCCAACAGUGCUGUUGCUGCAUGAGGAAAAGGAGGUUAUGCAAAGGUUGUUGGGCGUAUACACGUUUGGACAGCCAAGGGUGGGGAACCAGCAGUUGGGGAAGUUCAUGGAAGCUCAUCUCGAUCAUCCAAUCCCAAAGUACUUCAGGGUAGUCUACUGUAACGACCUUGUGCCGAGGUUGCCCUAUGAUGACAACACGUUCUUGUAUAAGCAUUUUGGCGUGUGCCUCUACUAUGACAGCUGGUACAUUGGACAAAAAGUGGAUGAGGAGCCAAACAGAAAUUACUUUGGGUCGAGGUACCUGAUUCCAGAGUAUCUGAAUGCUGUCUGGGAAUUGAUGAGAAGCUUAACAAUGGGGUACAUGCAAGGUCCAGAGUACAAGGAAGGUUGGUUGUCUAUAUUUCUCAGGGUAAUAGGACUAGCCCUCCCUGGUGUUUCUGCGCACAGCCCCACGAAUUAUGUGAACUCUGUGAGGCUUGGUAAGGAAUAUAUUUCUGGAAUGUCCUUCUAAGAGCGUCUCUUGCAAAUAAUGCUGGUCGCAGCAUCAAGACCAGAGUAGAUUUUGUAGUGAAGUGCAGUCAUGACAUCAUGGAUUUAUAGAAUCUUAAACUAUGGAUGAAGUCAUAAUGAAGUAUUGUCUAUUGCUUGAUUUUCCACCCUUUAGCUCGCUAUGGCAAAUGUUCCUUCAUCGUCCUCUAGAACCAUUAUGUAUCUGCAUUCCUUAAAUUAAACACUCUUGCCUGGAUCAGUCCAA